AUGGAACUUGUGCAACAUCAGUCCCGUAUGCUCAAGGACGAUUUCGCACCCUUCGUGUUAUAUCCAUGGCUACGCUAUUCUGUGGUCACUGAUGGUGUCUACUGCGCCCAAUGCCAUCUGUUUGCUGGCCCGGAUGCUCGCGUGAAAACAUUAGUCACCACAGUAUUGAGAGAUUGGAGUAACAUAUCCAAGGUAGUUUUGAGCCACAUGAAAUCAGAGGCCCACCUGUCUAACUGUGAUUCAGCAAGUCAUUUCUUAGCAAUAAUGAAGGGCGAAAAAAAAGACAUACUAUGUAGCAUGUCAUCCCAAUACAAUGUGGUCGUUGAAAAGAACAGAAAGAUCCUUGUUAGUAUAACAGAAGCGAUAGUGUUCUGUGGGAAACAGAAACUUGCCUUGAGGGGGCAUGAAGGCGAUAAGGGAAAUUUUCAGGCCCUAUUGAGCUUUCAGGCCAAGCAGGAUCCCAUAUUAAAAGAGCAUCUAGAACACGGAGAUCCAAGAUCUAUGUACCUUAGCCCCGAUUUACAAAAUGAGCUUAUUUCCAUUUGUGGAAAACAAAUCGCAGACAGUAUCGUGUCAAAGUGCAACAGUGCACCCUGCUUCAAGUUUAUGGCUGACGAGGCAACUGAUGCCAGCACUAUGGAAUAG